AUGAAAGGGAAAAUUGCAUUAUUAAGUUCCUUACUUCUGCUGAAUUGGGUAUUAAGCGAAAAUAUUGAUACACCAGAAGAUCAGAUAAAUGAAUUAACUGAAAAAUUAAACAAGUUUGAACAACAAAUUUCAUCUAAUCAGGUUUCAGAAGAUGCUGUUAGUGACGAAAUUGCGGAAUUAAAGAUGAAAAUUGAUGAGUUGAAAAAGGAAAGCAAGGAUUAUGACAAUGACGAAGUCGAAGGGAAUGCCGAACCAUCAUCCGGAGAAGGUGCAUCAGGUGCAUCAGGCCCAGCAACCGGAGUAUCCGGAGCAGGUGGAACCGGUGGAACAGAUGGACAAAGUGUACAAAAUGCACAAGUAGGGUCGGGUGGACAGAUUGAAGCAGGUGGAGCAGGUGGAGCAGGUGGACAGGGUGUGGCAGGUGCACAAGGUGCACAAGGGGGGUCAAGUGGAGGCGGAGUUGAAUCUCGGGUCGAUCAACCAGCUUCGCCUAGCAGAAAGGCAAAUGGUACAGGAAUAAAAUACCUGGACACUAUUUACGAUGAAAUCCUUACUAAUAGCGAAAAUAAAAAUUUAAUCAACGACAAUGAAAACCAUAGUAAAUAUCGUGAGUUCAAAAAAAAAUAUGACAAUUUUGCAAUAACACCAAAAGAAUCUGAAAUAAUAAAAGAUUUACUAAUAAAAAUGUUUGUAACUAAUUCUAAUAAUAAAUUAAAUGAAUUGCUAGCUGUAUUUAAAAAAGCUUUACAUGAUAACAAGUUUGCAGAAGAAUUAAAUAAUUUAAUAUCUGGUAUUUAUGCAUUUUCAAAAAGACACAAUUAUUUAGUAACUGAAAAAGAAGAAUAUAAAGAAAAAUAUGAAAAAUUAUAUGAAAAUAUAAGCAAAAUGUUCCAAACAUCGUCUUUUCAAACACCACCUAUCCAGACACCACCCAGUUCACCACCACCUGCUCCAGCAUCCCCUCCAGAAGCAUCCGCUCCAGCAGCAUCCGUUCCAGCAGCAUCCGUUCCAGCAGCAUCCAGUUAA